GUAAAAUUCGAUGGAAUAAUGGCAGUUAGAUAUAGGAGUUUUCUCCGAUUAUGUCAGAAUUGGCCAUUAGAUCCAACCAAAGAAGGUCGGGAUAUAGCCGUGCAUAUUAGAAGAAAAGUUGCAGAAGGGUUUAGGCAUGGUGAAAAUACAAAGGUGGAUGAGGUCGAGUGUCAAAGGGUGUAUACUGCAUUGGAGAAACUGUCUACAAAUUAUUACAAAAAUAAAUAUCCAACUGUAAAGAAUGUGACAGGAGCUCUUGGUGUAGAUGUAGAAGACUGUAAACUAGCAAUGUCAACAGAUUCUAUUAGAGAACUUGAUGAGAUGACUAAAAGUUACUGGUCCAAGAUGAAGGAGUUUGCAACUAAAGAGGAUAAAAUGAAGAGGCAGUGCCCAGGUUCUUGAUUUUUAAAUACCACCACCAAAGACUACUCCGACGGUAGGUGAUGGAGCAUAUUGAAGAACCGUGCACUGAUAUUGUGGAUGCUGAAAGGAUGGUGCUAUUUAAUUUUUAAUAGUUCACCUAGUCAAAGGGAUCUACUUCUGCACUUUCACCAUUUUUCUCAUUGCAAGAAGUAGUUGGUGGUGAUCCCUAAUUGUUGCAAUGCCCUAUGUGGUUUUUGAGUUUUAUGGCUUAAAAUACACAGAAAAGCUGAAAAAUUAUGAAUUAUGAGCAACAUAAUUGCCUUGUACAAUCUAUUUAUUGCAAAAACUGCCAAUAAUAUUUAGUCAAUAAAGGUGAAAAAAAAAA